AAAUGAACACACAUUUUGUUUAAGAAAACUAAAGUAUUGAAAAGGCUAUUGAGUUGGUGAGAAGAUGAUCAUUGUCAUGAUUGAGUGGAAUGGUGACAAUUAUUAGCAUCAACUGCUUAUUGGGAUUCGCACCUUCACUCACUUCCAAGAUCUCCACAACACAUUUCAUCACAACCCUAAUUUAUUCCAUUCAUACCUCAAAUUCAACUAUCCCUCUUCCUUCCCAUUGGUCAUACCUCCCACACUGUAUGCACAAACUCCAUUCCUUCAACUUUCAACCACCCAAUUCAUUCAUUCAUCAUUAUAGAAAGAGAAACGGAAGAUGAUUUUGUGUACGAGUGUCCGUUAAGCAACAAAAAGCUAAAGUAAUCACCAUUCGACACCAGCCUGUUUAGUGAAUAAUGAGCAAAAAAGGCUUCCUUUUUCACUCUACUUUCUCUAAAAGCUUGCCCAUUAACAAACCCCUUUCCUUUUCAACUAAUUUCACCACAUCUUCAUCGAUUUGUGAGUUUAUACUUCCCCUUUCUCGUCGGUUUCAUUCCCCUGUCUUUAUACCAACAAGUUAUCAUGUAAUUUGAAGGUCUUGUUGGUGAAAUAUUCUUCAAUUGGGGUUCGUUUAGGGUUUGAUUUGAUUCCAGAUUGGUUAUAUGGUUGAUUCGUUGCUGGUUAUGAUGUCACUGGUAGUUUUGAUUUGAUUAUUAUGGAGUUUUGUUGUGGAUUGUUGUUGAUUGAGGAAUCUAGGGUUUUAAACUUUUGAUUUGUUUGGUUGUGAACUAAGCUUCAACUUUUGGAUCAUGGAUACUGGUUUUCAGUAUGAUAGAACCUUGGGCAAUCGACACGCGAUUUCGUUCCAAUCGGGUGGUGUAAACAGCACAUCUGAGAUGGUUAUGAUGGGUCAUUACUAUCCAGUGAACAGUACAGCAGCAGCAACAACAACAAGCGCACGGUUUUUGGGGAGUUCUGGUGCGGUAAACGGGAGCUCAGGAUUUACACAAUCUGGGAAUUCUUGUGGUUCGGUUCUUGGUGAAUCUGUUUCGGGGUUGAAGCAUGAUGCGGGUUUGGCUGUUGAGUGGUCGGUUGAAGAACAGCAUAGGUUGCAGGAAGGGCUUUCCAAAUUCGCUAAUGAACCGAGUAUCAUGAGGUAUAUCAAGAUUGCUGCCACGUUAAAUGAUAAAACUGUUCGUGAUGUUGCGCUGAGGUGUAGAUGGAUGGCGCAGAGAAAACGAAGGAAACCGGAUGAACUGUAUACUGCGAAAAAGUUAAAAGACAAGAAGGAUAAUUUGGUGGUAUCAUCAUCAAAACCAAAUGUAUCAUCCUUUCCAAAACUGGACGUGGCUCCAAUUUCUAUUGCCAUGAAUAAUCGGGUCCAGAUUGACAGUAUUACUUUUGAAGCAUUAAGUAACUCAAUAAAGCACUUAGUUGAACAAAACAAUCAAGUUCUUAGUCAGAUCUCAGCUAAUAUUUCUUCAAUGAAACUACAGGACAAUAUUGACCUCUUCAGCCACACAAAGAACAACAUAACCGCCAUUUUAAACGACAUGAGGUAUAUGCCUGGGCCUCCUUUCCCUGUAACAAUAAACGAGGAUCUUGCUCAUAAUAUUUUGCCUCCUACAAACCAGAGAAUGAUGUUUGAGCCAUCAAAUGGGAUGUACAUGAAGCAAGAGCCAGAGUUUUAACUGGGAAUUUUUCAAGUUCGGCUGCAAAGUACAGAACUAAACCUGAUGUAAAUUCGAUAGGUAUGGCUUGUGCAAAAUUUGCAUUAAUUGCUGAUACGGGUCCAAACCCGAUUAUAAAGAAAAUUCUUAUAUUGUAGUGAUUUUAGCUAAGAAGUUAGCAACUACUAAGAUGACCUGUGACACGUUGUCCCUUGGUCUUUUUGGUGAAUUUGCAACUCCAUUUCAUGUUAGACUUUUAGCUGAACAUUUUGCAGGCAUAAUAGAACUGAGUAUACAUGCAUAGUAAUUUGUUUUCGGGUUUUGUUUUAUGUUGGAUUUGGAUAUUGAAUGAGAGUUUACAUGAUUUAAAGACA